AUGUUUCAAUUUGGUAGAAAUAAAAAUAAAACGGCGCCAACUUUUUAUAAUGGCUAUUGUUAUUCACAAGUAGGUGUUUCAGAUAAUAAUAUAUACCUUGAAUGUCAUGAAAAGAGUCGACAGAGAUGUUCAGCUCGAGGAGUGAAGAAUAGUGAAUCCCCAGUUGUUUCUCUGACAAAAGAUCAUAAUCAUGGUCAAAAUUAUGAUACUGAAGUGAUUUAUAACUUUAAAUAUCAACUGUAUCAUUCAGUAACCUCCUCUACACGCGAUUUACGCCUUAUUUACAACGAAAUUAGUAUUAGACAUUCACGAGCAUCUGCAUUAGUCCCAUACAUUAGCAUUACGAGAACAAUGCAAGGAUGGCGCAGAAGCAAUUGUCCUCCAGUACCGACCACAAUGGAAGAAUAUGUUCGGCUGUUAAACUCACCGCGAUGGAGAUCUUGUUUUAUUUCUAAUUCAAGCAAUAUAAGUGCUGUUAAUAUAAAUGGAACCGAUGGAUCAGUAGUUACAAUAUUUAUAGAUGCGACUUUGCUGCAAAAUUUUAUUAGAGUAAAUCUUUAUGUCGAUGCAACAUAUAAAGUGUGCCCAAGAAAGCCGUACAAAAAAAUUUAUCAGUUUUUUACCAUAAUGGCGUCUUUUGAUGAUGCAGUUCUUCCAGUAGCUUGGAGUUUCAUGUCACGUAACAAAGUAUACCCUCAAGUAGCUCCACACCUACAAGUUUUAUCUGUCACUACUGAUUUUGAACUCGGUUUAAGGACAUUAUUACCUAGCCAUCAAAUUAUACCUGCCUUCAAGUGGUUACUUACUGUGUAUAGUGCGUUUCAACCAGCGUUCCAUCAAUUUCUUCAGUAUUUUCAAUCAUAUUGGUUGGAGACUGUUAAACCAGAAAACUUCUCUGUAUUUGGGUGUUUAGAAAAAACAAAUAAUUAUGUUGAAUCAAACAACCGUCGAUUGAAUGUAGAGUUUGGUAUUCAUCCAUGUAUUUGGGAUUUCACAAAAAAAUUGAUGGAGCUGUAUGAAAGAAGUAAAAUCGAACUGGAAUCGAUGAUGAUGGGUCUUCCUAUCAGGAGACAAUCUCGAUUGAAUUACUUAAUUAAAGAAGCAGUUUUGAUAAGAGCUUGGGACUUAUACAAUAAUAAUGUUUUAGAUUUCAAACAUUUUUUAGAGUGUACAAACAAAUUUUUAACAAUAUUCGAAAAUGAUCAAGGCUUAUUAUCUGUCGAUGAAGUUGAUACUUUUAUCAAUUUUAAAAUUCAAAUGUACAUUGCAAUAAACGAAAAAUUAUAUAUUGCCAUCGAUGAAAUUGAAAACAAUGUUCCAGAACAUAUUAUUUUCAUACAUGAUAAUUAA